AUGUUUUCCUCAUCCGAGUGCAUUAUCUGGUAUGCUACAUUCCUUGCAGUGGCUUUUGCUAUAGUAACAGUGAAUCUCCUAUCAAUCAUUCUUUUUGUAAAAAACAGUAAUCUUCGCACUUGUGGCAUGUACUUGGUUAUAAACUUGACCGUAGUUGACAUUUUGGUCGGAGGACUUUCUUCUAUAAUGAUACUUUUAAAUACUAUUAGUACACACAUUGAAUGUAAAAUUGUGAUUGUAAGGUUACCCCGGGAAGGGAAUAUUUUAGUGCAGGUCGUUUCCCUUUGGUUUCCUCUUACUUCUCUUACAAACAUAACUGUAAUUUCGUUAGAGCGGAUGCAUGCGACGUUUCGUCCAUUCACUCAUCGCGUUAUCAAGAAAUGGGUCUACGGGGUAACAAUUUGUGUGGUCUGGGUUUUAGCUGGGAUGAUAUCAACUGCCAUUAUCUUGGUUGAUUUUUUCAGCAAAAGUCGGUCACAACAUCAGUAUUUCUGGCAAUCAUAUUGCUUAUUAUGCCUUUUUGUUAUCUGUGCUUGUUACGCCUCGAUUAUUGUCAAAAUUUGUUGUAGGGCGCGUCCUCAGCACCAUGGUGCAGCCCGUAGGCAAAGAAAACUGACUGUCACGUUACUCAUCGUGACUAUUUUAUCGUUACUGUUGUGGCUGCCAUUUGCUGCAGCUACCUUUGUUUUCCAUACAACUGAGAGCAUUCGAUCACUUUCCUACACAAAAAGAAUACGACUGAAUAUGUCUUUACUGCUUUUAUUUUAUACAAACUCGUUUGUUAAUCCCGUUGUUUACACAGUAAGAAUGCCCGAAUACAGGAAAGCUCUUCUGUUAUUAUUUACACGUCGACAAAGGCAAAAUGCUGCUGUUAUUCCUCUUCAAGCUCGUUAA